AGACGGGGUUUCACUGUGUUAGCCAGGAUGGUCUCAAUCUCCUGACCUCGUGAUCUGCCCGCCUCGGCCUCCCAAAGUGCUGUGAUUACAGGCAUGAGCCACCGCGCCCGGCUGCCUCUUCUUUUUUUCACGUGGAGAAAUUCCAGCCACGAGAGAAGACACAAAUUGAGUUAGAGCCAGAGCCCAGACCAGGACUGAAAUUGUCUCCCUCUCAUCCUGUGCUCCUUCUGUCACUCCAUCUGUUUUUCAUUCUUUUACUGACAGCAGAGAGGCAGCCUCUGCGAAGUUGCUUGUUGAUGAUGACAGACAUAUUGCCCUCCUUUUACCAUGUGGUGGGUGGUAAACAGUGUCAUGUCCUGUUCUUGUUUCUCAAUGAUCAGGUUUGCCUGAUUUGGACUAAAAAAAGUUCUAUGAUUUUUUUUUUUUUUUUUUUUUUUUGAGACAGAGUAUUGCUGUGUUGAUGAGGCUGGAGUGCAGUGGCGCAAUUUCAGCUCACUGCAACCUCCGACUCCUGGUUUCAAGCGAUUCUCCUGCUGCAGCCUCCCAAGUAGCUGGGAUUGCAGGCGCCCGCCACCACACCCAGCUAAUUUUUGUAUGUUUAGUAGAGAUGGGGUUUCGCUAUGUUGCUGAGGCUGGUCUUGAGCUGCUGACCUCGUGAUCCGCCUGCCUCGGCCUCCCAAGAUGCUGGGAUUACUGGCGUGAGCCACUGCGCCGGGCCAGUUCUGUGAUUUUUGAUCAGAGUUGGUUCAGUUCCUCAGUAUUUAUCAGAAAGCAUCCUAGGAUCUGGAGCCACCAGACUGAAGAGUGUUUACUGUGUGUUGGGCAAAACAUGAUCAGGACUUUAGAAGUUUCAGUGAGCUGUGAGAAAGACACAGUUGCUUCAUGGUGGAGGGAGCUAAAUCUGGACUUGACAGGCCCAGUAGAAUUUCCGCAAGUGGAUAUGAGGGAGAUAGGCAGGGAGAGGAUAUUCCCAAGAGAAGAAAUCAUCCUGAGAUGUUUGCACAAAUGGUUUAGGCCAAAAAGAAAGAAAAAUUGUACUGGGAAAGACAUGGGGCUGGGGAAUUAGGGCACAUUCAAGGAAGGAGGAGCAAGCCUGGGUAGUUUACAAACAGGCUUUGUUCCUGUUGAAAGGAUCAGGAGAAAAAUAGAAUAGGUUUUAUGAUGGGACAUGGUGAGAGGCUAAGUGAGGGUCAGAGGUCUUUUUUUUUUUUUCUUCUGAGAUGGAGUCUCGCUCUGUUGCCCAGGCUGGAGGGCAGUGGCAUGAUCUCGGCUCACUGCAACCUUCGCCUCCUGGGUUCAGUCUCCCAAGUAGCUGAGACUACAGGGUGUGCACCACCUUGCCCAGCUAAUUUUUUGUAUUUUUAGUAGAUAUGGGGUUUCACCAUGUUGGCCAGGCUGGUCUUGAACUCCUGACCUCAAGUGAUCCUCCCGUCUUGGCCUCCUAAAGUGCUGGGAUUACAGGUGUGAGAUCGUGCCCGGCCUAGUGUCAGAGGUCUUGAGUGCAGUGUCAUUGAUUUUGGAUUUUAUUCUGUAGGUGUUUGGCUUUUUUACUGAGGAAAGAAAAAUUCACAGUGCACCUCUAAGUAAUCACUCCCCCUAUAUAACCCAUCAACUGAGGGAGAAAUAAAGCAGAAAGAUCCUUGAGGAAAAUUUGAGUAAGAGGAAAAAAGUUAUAGAUAUUUUAAGAAAUAUUAUGGAAAAAUGCUGUUAGGAAUGAGAACUACUGUAUAUAUUUCACAGAAACCUGGUUUUUUGUUUUUGUUUUUGUUUUGAGACAGGGUCUCACUCUGUUACCCACACUGAAGUACAGUGGCAUGGAUCAAGGCUCACUGCAGUCUCAAGUUCCAAGGCUCAAGCCAUCCUCCUGUCUCAGCCCCCCUAGUAGCUGGGACUACAGGCGUGCACCACCAUGCCUGGCUAAUAUUUUUGAAUUUUAGUAGAGAUGAGGUCUUGAUAUGUUGCCCAGGCUGGUCUCCAACUCCUGAGCUCAAGCGAUCGUCCCACCUUGGCCUUCUAAAGUACUGGGAUUACAGGUGUGAGCCACUGCAACAGGUCAAGUUUUUUUUUUUUCUUUCUUCUUUCUUUUUUUGAGACAGACUCUCGCUCUGUCACCCAGGCUGGAGUGCGGUGAUGCGACCUCGGCUCACUGCAACCUCCGCCUCCUGGGUUCAAGCAAUUCUCCUGCCUCAACCUCCCGAGUAGCUGCGACUACAGGCGUGUGCAACUGUGCCCAGCUGAUUUUUGUAUUUUUAGUAGAGACGGGGUUUCACCAUGUUGGCCAGACUGGUCUCAAACUCCUUGGCCAGACUGGUCUUGAACUCCUGACCUCGUGAUCUGCCCACCUUGGCCUCCCAAAGUGCUGAGAUUACAGGCGUGAGCUACCGCACUCGCCAAUUUUGUUUUUUUUUUUUCUUAACUUUUGAGACUUCUUCCAGGAAAGACCUGGUUUGGUUUUUAUUUUUUAUUUAUUUUUUUGAGACAGAGCCUCGCUUUGUUGCCCAGGCUGGAGUGCAGUGGUGUAAUCUCGGCUCACUGCAACCUCCGCCUCCUGGGUUCAAGCCACUCUCCUGCCUCAACCUCCUGAGUAGCUGGGAUUAAGGCGCCCACCUACCUCGCCUGGCUAAUUUUUUUUUUUUUUUGGAGACGGAAUUUUGCUCUUAUUGCUCAGGCUGGAGUGCAAUGGCGUGAUCUCGGCUCACCGCAACCUCCACCAACCUAGUUCAAGUGAUUCUCCUGCCUCAGCCUCUCGAGUACCUGGGAUUACAGGCGCCUACAACCACGCCCCGCUAAUUUUGUAUUUUUAUUUGAGAUGGGGUUUCUCUAUGUUGGUCAGGCUGGUCUCGAACUCCUGACCUCAGGUGAUCCACCUGCCUCAGCCUCCUAAAGUGCUGGGAUUAUAGGUGUUAGCCACUGCACCCAGCCAGCCAAGGUUUUUUUUUUUUUUUGAGAUGGAGUCUUGCUCUGUCGCCCAGGCUGGAGUGCAGUGGCGCGAACUCUGCUCACUGCAAGCUCCGCCUCCCAGGUUCACGCCAUUCUCCUGCCUCAGCCUCCCGAGUAGCUGGGACUACAGGCGCCCGCCAUCAUGCCCGGCUAAUUUUUUUUGUAUUUUUUAGUAGAGACAGAGUUUCACCGUGUUAGCCAGGAUGGUCUCGAUCUCCUGACCUCAUGAUCCGCCCGCCUCGGCCUCCCAAAGUGCUGGGAUUACAGGCGUGAGCCACCGCGUCUGGCCUCAGCCAAGGUUUUUAAGUAACAUAUUUCAGCAUUGGCUCUACAGCGUUGCAGAACAUGAACGAUUGGAUGCCCAUCGCCAAGGAGUAUGAUCCACUCAAAGCGGGCAGCAUUGAUGGCACCGAUGAAGACCCACACGACCGCGCGGUCUGGAGGGCAAUGCUGGCACGAUAUGUCCCCAACAAAGGUGUCAUAGGAGAUCCCCUCCUCACCCUGUUUGUGGCCAGACUAAACUUGCAGACCAAGGAGGACAAAUUAAAGGAAGUCUUUUCCCGCUAUGGUGACAUUCGGCGGCUUCGGCUGGUCAGGGACUUGGUCACAGGCUUUUCAAAGGGCUACGCCUUCAUCGAAUACAAGGAGGAGCGUGCCGUGAUCAAAGCUUACCGAGAUGCUGAUGGCCUGGUUAUUGACCAGCAUGAGAUAUUUGUGGACUACGAGCUGGAAAGGACUCUCAAAGGGUGGAUCCCUCGGCGACUUGGAGGCGGUCUUGGGGGAAAAAAGGAGUCUGGGCAACUGAGAUUUGGGGGACGGGACCGGCCUUUUCGAAAACCUAUUAACUUGCCAGUCGUUAAAAACGACCUCUAUAGAGAGGGAAAACGGGAAAGGCGGGAGCGAUCUCGAUCCCGAGAAAGACACUGGGACUCGAGGACAAGGGAUCGAGACCAUGACAGGGGCCGGGAGAAGAGAUGGCAAGAAAGAGAGCCGACCAGGGUGUGGCCCGACAAUGAGUGGGAGAGAGAGAGGGACUUCAGAGAUGACAGGAUCAAGGGGAGGGAGAAGAAGGAAAGAGGCAAGUAGAGGCCCAACAGCAGAACCCCAAAGUGAAGUUACAGUGGAAAUGAGUGGAGGGGGAUUGUCUUUCAACGCAGCGUGAGUCUAAUGGUUGAAUAAAACUUACUGAUGAUCA